UCUUAAAUAACGCUUCAACCGCCUUCGUUUGUUUGCUACGUUCACUCGCUUCUCUUUCCGCUCUUCGAGCUUCCACCUCUGGUUUGUGCCAAAAAAUGCCUUUCCAGUUUUUCUUUGUAUUUGUAGAUAAAGAUGUUUACAAAAACAGAAAAGGUCCUUCCCCGCCCCUUACUGCUUGCUGCAGCGAGGUGUAACUUAUCGUAUUCGCCAAUGCAUUCCAGGCAGCUUGUUCGUUCUUGACUCCAUGUUUUUGUAUUAUUUCCGAAACUGAAUAAAUCUGACAAUAAGUCAAUGUGUUUUACGCAAACUAAUAAAUUCGGCAGCAACUUAUUGUAACAGCUUCAUUUAGCGACACUGUAUUUUGAUCAGGCAAUACGUUAACCACCUUACCAUUUAGGACCAUGGAAACAUUAUCUUCAGGCAUACACUUUCACCAGUUUAUCGAAAAUCCAGUGGAUCACGAACACCGCAUGCUUCUUCCGUGAUGGCGAUGGGAGUCACCGGCCUGGAUAAGAUCAAAAUCCUGCAGCGAAACCCGGCUAACAUCAGAAAUCUGUGCAUUCUGGCACAUGUUGAUCACGGUAAAACCACUCUGGCUGACUGUCUGGUGGCAAGUAAUGGGAUCAUAUCAAGUCGACUGGCUGGGAAGCUGAGAUAUCUGGACAGCAGGGAGGAUGAACAGGUUAGAGGAAUCACCAUGAAGUCCAGCGCCAUCUCUCUGCACUACAGCACAGGCAACCAGGAGUACCUUCUAAAUCUGAUCGACUCUCCUGGUCAUGUCGACUUCUCCUCUGAGGUUUCCACAGCGGUGCGGCUGUGUGAUGGAGCCAUUGUGGUUGUAGAUGCUGUUGAGGGUGUGUGUCCACAGACCCAGGUUGUCCUCCGACAGGCGUGGCUGGAGAACAUCAGGCCUGUUCUGGUCAUUAAUAAGAUGGACAGGCUCAUUAUGGAGCUGAAGCUCACCACUCUGGAAGCAUACACACACCUGCAGAAGAUCCUGGAACAGGUCAAUGCUGUCACAGGGACUCUGUUCACGUCUAAAGUACUGGAAGAGCGAGCAGAGAAGGUGAAGGAGGAGGAGAACAGAGACAAGGACCCAAGUGGAGAUCAAGUUUAUGACUGGAGUGCUGGACUGGAGGAUGCUGACGACUCUCAACUUUAUUUUUCUCCUGAUCAAGGAAAUGUGGUGUUUGCCAGUGCCAUAGAUGGAUGGGGUUUCAGCAUUCAGCACUUUGCCCAUAUAUACAGUCAGAAGAUGGGGAUGAGCACCGAGGUCCUGCUGAAAACCUUGUGGGGAGAUUUCUAUCUCAACACAAAAAUUCAGAGAAUCAUGAAAGGCGCUCAGGCCAAAGGAAAGAAGCCGCUGUUUGUACAAUUUGUGCUGGAUAACAUUUGGAAUUUGUAUGAUGCAGUUGUCACUAGAAGAGACGAGCAGAAAGUGGAAAAGGUGAUGACCUCACUUGGGAUAAAGGUGAUGACAAGGGACCUGCGUCACUCUGACCCAAAAGUCCUCCUCUUUGCUAUCUGUAACCAGUGGUUACCGGUUUCCAAGGCUGUCCUCUCAAUGGCGUGUGAAAAGCUUCCUAGUCCUUUAGAGAUGACAGCAGAGAAAGUGGAGAAGCUGAUGAGUGUUGGAACCCGUCGAUUUGAUUCACUGCCUGAAAGGACGCAAAAACUGAAGACAGCCUUCCUCCAGUGUUCCAGUGGGAUAAAUGACCCGGUCAUCAUUUUUGUGUCCAAAAUGUUUGCUAUGGACACCAAAGCUUUGCCUCAGAAGAGACAGAGGCCUUUAAACCAGGAGGAGAUUUCUCAGCGUAGGGAAGUGGCAAGACAAAGGCAUGCUGAGAAACUGGCUGGAGAGAGCCUUGAGAGGGCCACCUGGUCAGGUAGUGCUCCAGCAGAAGCUACUAUGACAAGUCUGCCUCUAAAGCCAGAAGAGGAAGAGGAGCAGAAGGAAGUCUUCAUCGCAUUCGCAAGAAUCUACAGUGGGACAGUCAAGAAAGGUCAAAGGGUUUUUGUUCUGGGACCAAAGUAUGAUCCUGUUCAGGGCCUGAGUCUGCUGCCUGAAGGAUGCAGUACAUCUGACUGUAUUCCAGAAGUACCUCAUCUGUCCUGUUGUACCGUGGAAAACCUUUACCUGCAAAUGGGCCGAGAACUGGAAGAGUUGGAGGAAAUCCCUGCUGGAAAUGUUAUGGGUAUUGGCGGUUUGGAGGACUGUGUCUUAAAGACAGCUACCCUGUCAUCUUCCCCUGCUUGUUCCCCCUUCACUCCACUCAACUUUGAAGCUGCACCCAUUGUACGGGUUGCUGUAGAGCCAAAACAUCCAAGUGAAAUGCCAAAGCUGAUUUCUGGGAUGCGUUUGUUGAGCCAGGCAGAUCCGUGUGCUGAGGUUCUGGUACAGGAAACAGGAGAGCAUGUUCUGGUCACUGCUGGAGAAGUUCACCUGCAGCGCUGUCUAGAUGACCUCAGAGAGAGGUUUGCCAAGAUAGAGAUUAGUGUGUCUAAGCCCAUCAUUCCAUUCAGAGAAACUGUGGUGCGACCUCCAAAGGUGGAUAUGGUGAAUGAGGAACUUGGCAAGCAACAAAAAGUUGCUGUCAUUCAUCAGAUGAAAGAAGAACUCUCUCAGGGUCGUUCAUCUGACUGCCAGCAUAUGGACCCUGAAGGUCUUGUUACCCUCACCACUCCUAACAGACUUGCGACUGUCUGUGUACGGGCCAUCCCAUUACCACAGGAGGUGACUGUUCUCUUGGAGAGAAACUCUGAGUUAAUUCGGACUCUGGAGCUGAUGAACUCGUCCCUCAGGGAGGGGAGAGCCGUGGACAUAAAUCUCAAGACCCUGGAGGCUAUUGCAGAACUGAAAGACCAUCUUCAGAGCUUGCUGCAGGGAAGAAGGUGGCGGAAUGUUGUGCAACGGAUCUGGGCUUUUGGGCCUCGGAGGUAUGGUCCCAACAUUCUUCUGAACAGCAUUAAAGACUACAGCAGACCGUCAGUGUGGCAGUGUCUUGAGUGGAGACACAGUAAUGAUCAAGUUAGAACUCCAGCUUCUCCACUCCGAGACUUUGAUAACAGUAUCAUCAGUGGUUUCCAACUUGCAACCCUGUCUGGUCCCAUGUGUGAAGAACCCCUGAUGGGAGUUUGCUUCUCGGUUGAGAGGUGGGAUGUAGAGUCUGUAGUUUUUUCACAAAAUCCAGACACCUUAAAAGAGGACUCUGUUUCCCCUGAAGCAUUGCAAGAUUUCAAUUCACAUGGAAACAGUGUAGAUGGGACAGCAGAGCGAAGGUCUGACGCUUCUUCUGUGGACUGCUAUGGGCCAGUCUCUGGCCAGCUGAUCGCGGUCAUGAAGGAGGCAUGCCGGCAUGCCUUCCAGGCUCAGCCCCAGAGACUGAUGGCAGCCAUGUACACUUGUGAGAUCCUGGCAACUGCUGAGGUGCUGGGCCGGGUUUAUGGUGUACUUGGAAAGCGAGAAGGUCGAGUCCUCCAUGAAGAGAUGAAAGAAGGGACAGAUAUGUUUAUCAUCACAGCUGUUCUUCCUGUUGCUGAGAGCUUUGGGUUUGCUGACGAGAUCCGCAAGAGGACAAGUGGACUGGCCAGUCCACAGCUGGUUUUCAGCCACUGGGAGGUGAUCAGCAGUGACCCAUACUGGGUUCCUACCACAGAAGAAGAAUACCUGCAUUUUGGAGAGAAGGCGGACUCUGUGAACCAGGCCCUGAAAUACAUGAACGCUGUCCGUCGACGGAAAGGUCUUUUUGUGGAAGAGAAGAUCGUUGAGCAUGCAGAGAAACAGAGGACACUUGGCAAGAACAAGUAGAUGAGAUAUCUGUCCGUCCUAUCCCCCUGUCUCUCUGACAAUGUUGACAUCUUUCAAGUCAAUUCAGCAACAUUUUGUGUUGGACUAUACUCUCCCAUGAGUCUUUAAUGUCAUCAUGCAGUUGUCCUUAGAGCUCAAAGAUGAUAUGGCAGCAACAGCACAUUUCCUCAAGUUUCUAAUGAAAUGAGAUUAAAUUACAAUAUAUUAGGAAUAAAGUCUGUAGAGAAAGAAAACAAUGUUGUGUUCACUUUAAAGCAGGGGUCACCAACGCGGUGCCCGCGGGCACCUGGUCGCCCACAGGGACAUGGACCUUACCACAGGGGCCGCGUUUCAUUGGCUGAUGCCCAUCCUACGUAGCAGCUCAGCUUCCAUGUGCCUGGCCGUCUCACAAACACAAGCUAAGGUACAUGCAUUAGUAAACACAUGCUAAUGUAGCGCCAGGCUACAUUGUGGACUAGCAGACUGACAGAAAGUUUUUGCAUCAGCAAUCAAAAAUGAAUGGUUCUCCAUUGCCAGUGGGGUGUCAGUUCUGGUGAUGUCAGGUAUCCUGAUCAUAUUAGUGUUAGUGAAAUUCACAGAUUUCCCAAAUCAGAAACAGAAUGCCUCGCUUGGAUCAAAGCUUGUGCACGACUGCAUGAGCAGCUCAACCUUCGUAGGACCAACAAGAACAAAGGAGUGUGUGCUGGUGUAAGUAUUAUUGAUUUGCUUUCUUUGUCUGAAAAAAAGAAAAUCAAUGAUAAACACAUCCAUCAUGAACACCUUUUAGCUAAUGUAACCUCUUUAAAUUGUGAUCGUUCGAAAUCAGUUCUACGUUGUCUGAAUAAGGGGCCAGGAGACGGGAUGAGAUGAAAGGUUGUCCAUACUCUGUAUGAAACAGAGUAUGGACUGAUCAGGAAUCAGGUUCGUCACAACGGGUACGGCACCUCACGCCCAUCUCUCAUGAACUGGCAACAAGAUGUCCGCGUUUACUCUAUUUAACACUGCCAACCACCAGGCGGGGUGCCGUUUCACCUGUUACUUAUAACCCAAACUUGGAAGUAAUGACAAAUGUAAUUCUAUACAACCUUAUCUAUGCUACACUCCCUCCUGCCGAAUUCCACUUUCCCCAUUACAACAAAACUAAACAAUAGAAAAAGCACAACAAAAAAAAAUACAAUAACACUGGGCAAAGACCAGGUACAUAUUCACAAAAUGGAGGUACAUAUUCACAAAUGCACAGGAAACCAACCACAACAGGAAACCAAUACACAACCACAGUUUCCAAAAUUGCUUGUGAGGUACAAUCACAUCAAAUUCACAGUUACAAAUACCCAGUCACUUUUCUUGCUGAGACAUAAGUCCUGUAAUCAGGGAGAUGUUCUUCAGGUGGUAGAAGGAGGACUUUGUAACUCUCUUUAAGAUUUUAGUUGUAAUAACUGAAGCUGUGCAUUGACUCAAGAUCACAUAUGUCAAAGUCAAGGCCGUCGGGCCAGGUCCGGCCCGCAAAUUAAUUAUUUGUGGCCCCAAAGAUGAUAUUUAAUCACUAUUAGA